AUGCCGUCUGCCACGGCUUCUGGAGCCGACCGAGGCUCUAGUGGGACGGCGAGGUCGCGCGAACAUAAUCAAGGAAGCCAGGACCGCAAAUACACCCCGGACCAAAAGGCAGCGGUGAUAAGAGUCCGCAAAUGCUCUCCAACCGCAUUCUACGAGAUUCUAGCAAUUGAAAAGACUUCCUCCGAUGGCGAGAUCAAAAAAGCGUAUCGGAAACUGAGUCUGUUGACACAUCCGGAUAAAAAUGGAUAUGAAGGGGCGGACGAGGCAUUUAAAAUGGUUUCUCGAGCAUUCCAGAUUUUGUCAGACGAAGAGAAGAAGUCGAGGUACGAUAAAUAUGGCGGAGACCCUGACAACAGGUUUUCAGCAUCCGGUGCAGGACCGUCAGCUGGCGGUUCUCCCUUCAGCGGAUUUGGUGGCGGCGGCUUUCCUCGAGGUCAAGGAGCAGGGGGUCCUAUGUUUGAGGAAGAAAUAUCGCCUGAAGAACUGUUUAAUCGCUUCUUCGGAGGAGGGGGUGGCUUCAGCCCUUUCGGUAAGAGUCGACCAGCCCAGUCCUACACUUUCGUCGCUAACAAUGCAUUUGCAGGAGGUCCUCAAUUUGUAUUCAAUAUGGGCGGCGGCCCAGGAUUCCGAGUUCACCAAUUCGGAGGGAAUCGUCCUCGCAGAAGGCCACGUGAAGCUAACGCCCAAACCGAACCUGCUUCUCCCGGUUGGGCCUCCUUAACGCAACUCCUCCCUCUCAUCCUCCUUUUUGUUGUGCCGCUACUGUCCUCUCUCUUCUCGGGGGGUUCGUCGACACCGUCUGUUCCUACCGUCCGGUUUGAUGGGCCUGUCUCGCCUCACACCAUGCACCGCACCACACCCAAAUUGAAAGUUGACUACUACAUUAAUCCUCAUGACGUCGAUGAUUUCAGUAACAGAAAAUUCAAUCAAUUAGACUCGCGCGUCGAACUAGAGUUUGUCAACAAGCUCCGAUGGGAAUGUGAUGACGAAGUCCAAGAACGAGAGCGGAGAAUUCAAGAAGCGCAAGGCUGGUUCUUUCCUGACGUGGAAAAGAUGAAGGAGGCUAGAGCAAUGGAGCUAAAAGCCUGUCGGCGUCUAGAUAAUCUUAAGGGUCGGACGAGAUAUUGA